AUGUCCAUCGCAGGCUUCCCCUACCCCUUCGUCACCGGCGGUCCCGCCUACCGCUCCAAGGUGCUAGUUCCAUCCGAAGAGAUGGACGCUAGAAACUCACGAGAGCCGGAUUCACACACCAACCUGAUCGGUUCCGACUCCGGCUCCGGCUCCGGCUUCGGUGCCGCGGCUGCUCCGGUCAUGGUGAAAGCCGCUGAACUAGGCGCUCCCUUCCUUCGUCUACGGGGCAUAUCAUCCGCUCAUCUCCCGCCCUCCGCCGGUCCUCAAGAAGAGUUGAUCCCCUUUCUGGCUACCCUCUUGAGGGAGUCAGUCCCCUUUAUCGAUUCCGUGGCGCCCAAGUCGGCCAAGAGACCUCAACCUAGUACCGAUCUUGGCACCGCAAAAAGCGAAUGGAAACCACUGAAGACAAAGUCAUCAAAGGUAGACAAUGAUGGCAGCACGACAGUAUCUCUCUACGAACGCACCCUCUCUGCGCCUGAACUGCGCGCCAUUGAGCGUUCAGCCGGCAUGGCAACCAGCAACACCGACGACUCGGAGACGUGGGCUUGUCGGCGCAGCGUGCACCGCGACUCAAACGUUCCGAGGGAUGGGUCAGCCAGCUGGGGAGAGUUCGUCACUUGCUUCAAGGACAAGCAUGUUGAGUGCGAGGAGGCGUUUACACCGAGUAUUGUGGGGACAAGGAUGUUGCGGGACUACGAUGUUUCUGGCUUACAAGUGGAUGAUGAGCACGGGGAUAGGUAUGGAAGCUUUAAGAUGAAAGUGGUGGAGGCGAGACACAAGAUUGGGGUUAAGCCGUUGCUCAAGGACCGGGCGUUUACGGUGUUGCAGGUUACUUGUUCGCUACUUCCUCCGGGACGUGGAAGUGCCGCCGGUGUGGGGAGCAAGUGUGAAGACAGCAGCGAGAUUUUGGUCAUGAAUAUCCCGGUGUCGGACGUUGAGAGCCUUGCCACUACUACCACUUCUUCGGUCGAAGGCAAGACCGGCAACAAGGAAGACCCGUUUCGAAAGGAUGCUGUAAAGGGAUCGUUUGUCAGUGUCGAGCGAAUCAGGAAACUACCGACAACAGAGAAUGACGGCCAAGCACAGAUCGAGUGGAUUAUGGCCACGGCCUCUGACGCUCGAGGCUCGCUUCCUGGAUGGGUACAGACCAUGGCGGUACCGGGACAGAUAGCCAAAGAUGUGACGCUGUUCCUUGGAUGGGUUGCAAAGGAGAGGGAAAACAAGGGGGGAUUGGUGGCGUGA